GUCUUCAUCCACGCGUUAUAACCUCAACAUUCGAGGCAACUGACGCCUAGGUCUUUCAAUUUUUGAAGAAGGACCAGAAAUCAAUCCUUCACGUCUCCCGGCCGCCAUCUACCCCCAGACGGCGGUCCCCGCCGCUCGGCGCGCCAAUCCUCCACGCCCCCAAUCUCAGUCGAGCAAUAGACCAUCGCCAUCAUGCGUCUUCUUCCGGUCUCUUUUCUCUGCGCUCUGCUUGCCUCUGUUGUAGCAGAAGGCCCUUCUGGCCAAAAAGUAGAAGCGCCAGGGGUUCCAGGAGAGAUAGCGCAUCCUCAGGAGGAGAGUUCUUCUGAGACGCCGCAACCAACAAUAUUCAAUGGAGUCGAAGUGCCUCCUCUGCCGGAUUUGGACGGCGAGAAGAUUGAUACCACACUCAAAGAGGGCUGGUGGUUUGUGAAGCACCACUCCCCAUACUGUCCACACUGUCUUCACAUCCUACCGAUAUGGCAGACCCUCUACGAAUUCUACUACACAUCGAAACCUGUCCCUGCAGGCCACACUCCAGAUACUGCAUUGACGUCGAUGAAUACAUUUACCGCUUACUAUAAUUUCCAUUUCGGCUCCCUAGACUGCGUCGCUUUCGGCUCUGCUUGCACAGCGCAUGGUGUGUCUUCGUGGCCAACCUUCAUAUUGUAUCAUGAUGGCGUAGAACAAAAGAGAUUUGAAGGGACCAAAGACAUGAAAGGCUUGAGCGAAUUCAUUGAGGAAGCGCUUGAAACGAUCAAGCCAGGCUCUAGACCGAUUGGUGGUCCAGCUUUGCCAAAAGCAGGAGAUAAGUCUUCUCCCGAUUUUGCAGCUCCCAAGGAAGCCACAUCUCCGAAAAAGGUGGAGGAUGCGCCCUUGAAGACACCAGCUGUCAAGGAUGCCAAGGAGGGAAAGACCUUGUCAUCGAGCGGCGUUCUGCAGGCUACACCCAGCAAGAAAGUAUCGAAACCAACAUCAACGCCAAACCCGAUUGGUACUUCGAUUUCUUUGACCGCAGAAACAUUCCAAAACCUAGUCACCAUGACACAAGAGCCUUGGUUUAUUAAGUUCUACGCGCCGUGGUGUGGACACUGUCAAGCUAUGGCUCCAAACUGGGUUCAACUUGGAAAGGAAAUGAAAGGCAGACUUAAUAUUGGAGAGGUCAACUGCGAUGUUGAGGCAAGGUUGUGCAAGGAUGUUCAACUCCGAGGCUUCCCUACGAUCCUGUUCUUCCGUGGAGGCGAACGUGUCGAAUACGACGGAUUGAGAGGAUUGGGUGACUUCGUGACUUAUGCCAACAAGGCCAUUGAUGUUGGUGAAGGUAUCAAGGAUGUGGAUGCUGCCGAGUUCAAGGAGCUGGAAGAGAAAGAGGAGGUUAUCUUCGUCUAUUUCUAUGACCAUGCUACGACGAGCGAGGACUUCCAGGCUCUGGACAGGUUGAGGUUGAGCUUGAUUGGACACGCAAAAUUGGUUAAGACCAACAGUGCUGUUCUUGCUGAACGCUUCAAGAUCACCACAUGGCCUCGACUUUUGGUCUCUCGGGAUGGCCGUCCAACGUAUUACACCGCUCUUGCUCCACAAGACAUGCGCGAUUUCCGCAAGGUUCUACACUGGAUGCAAUCCGUCUGGUUACCAAUAGUACCCGAGCUUACUGCCUCCAAUGCCCGCGAGAUCAUGGACGGGAAAUUGGUAGUCCUCGGUAUCCUCAGCCGCGAGCGACCAGAUGAAUUUGAGAUUGCCAAAAAGGAGCUUAAGAAUGCGGCUAUAGAAUGGAUGGAUAAGGAAACGAUCAAUUUCCAACGCGAACGACAAGAACUACGGGACGCAAAGCAAUUGCGGAUCGAAGAAGCAGAAGACCGGAAUGAUCAGCGAGCUCUACGUGCGGCGAAGAGUAUCCGCAUUAGCAUGGAUAAGAGUGACCACAAAGAGGUUGGCUUUGCGUGGGUGGAUGGUGUGUUCUGGGAGAGAUGGAUUAGACAAACAUACGGUAUUGAGGUUGCAAAAGAUGGCGAGAAAGUCAUUAUCAACGACGAAGAUUCACGCCGCUACUGGGACCAAACAAUCAACGGAAACAGCAUUAUGGCAUCCCGUACCUCAAUCCUCGAAACCCUCCCGAAAGUCGUCUGCUCGCCCCCGAAAAUCAAGCCCAAAUCCACAACCGGCCGUCUAGAGAAAAUCAUCUUCGAUAUCAGACGUGCUAUUGGAGGUCACAAGCUACUGAGCAUUGCGAUAUUUACGGUAUCCGUGUUGAGUGUAUUGAUUGCUUUGAGGCGCAGGAUGAGGAAGAGUCGAGGUGGCUUCUUGAGGUUAGAUGAAAAGGAUGGGUUACUUGGUGGGACUGGGAAUGGAAAGGUCGAUUAAUUUGUGAUAUAAGAUGGGGGUGGUGUAGAGGAUGGGGUUUUCCUUGUUUACCUAUGUAUCAUAGUACAUGCGUCCAAUAGCGUGUCUUUUUGGGUUUCUGGGUUGGUUGAAUGAUAUGCUAUAUAUUCUGCUUCGGGAAUCUAUACCAUGACGCUUUUAUUUUGUAUGCC